AUGAACGAGCACAUCUAUACGGUGCACUGGGACUCGGGCAAGGAUGACGCUCUCUGGAAGAUCCUCUCGGAGGCUGCACAGACGGAGAUAGACUGUGGGGAAUCAAGUGUUGGCCCGCACCACGCCGCCGCCGACGAGACGCUUGCUGAUUGCCGCAGGGCCGAACAAUUCGAUGUUCCCGUCGACUUUCUCCUCCAGCAAGUCGAUUUUCUGACGGAGAGGCAUGCGUCCCAAGUCCGUGCCCAGGUGCGCAAGGCCACGGCGGCGGCAAAGGGCCCCUCGUCGUCGCCGAAUCCGGGCGAACGAGCGUCGUCAGCCUUGUCCGUCCGUCGAGACGCAUCGAAUCCCCUGCACGACAGCGGCACGCCGCUCGCCGGCUCUUCGAGACCCAUGGCCUCCCGGAAUACGUCGGCCGGCACCAACGCCGCCGCCGUCAAGGAUGCCGCCGGAUCCUCGCCGAGGCUGCCGGCUGGCGGUCGCGCCGACGGCACCGAGCAGCGUCGGCGGCGGCUGUCGUCCCUCUCCGUCGCCUCGCCCACCGUCAAGUCCCCUCCACUGGCGGCAGAGGAAGGCUCCGCGUCUCUAGGUCCUGCCGAGUCCAACUCGACGGUGUCGUCGGACGAGGACGAGUCGAGCCCGGCCAACUCUCGCAUCAUUCGCCGACCCCCUCGCUUUCAGCAGCAGCCGCAGGAGGUGGCCGAGCCGUACGAGGAGGAGGAUGGUGACGAGUCCGAACCGGCCUUCCAGCCGUACCCGAGCCAGUCGAACCAAGUGUCGUCGGCCCAGGACUUGGCGUCGACGCUCAAGGGCGACGGCAGGCCGGCACAGCGUGGCCCGAAGCAGCCGGUGCUCGAGUCGCAAACAUCCGACUCCUCGGCGAGCUCGGUGCCCAUCCUCCAGAGGCCCGGCAAGUCGCGUGACCUCAAGGGUGCGGGCCCCCUGUCGCCUCGACGCACCGCCGAGCUCGCGGCCGGCGGCAAAGCCAAGGCCAACUCCCGCUCGGGAAGCGACGGCACGCCGAGCAUGGGCAGCAGCUUCAGCGACCUUGACGAUGCAUCCGUCACGCAGUCAGCCCUGGAAGAAGCACUGGCGAGCCAUAUGAAGCGCGGAGCCAGCAGCCGCUUCAGCAUCAGCGGCGCCUUCCGCAGCCGUUACAACGCAGGCUCCAGCCAGCCGUGA